GAAAAUCUUCAGUAAAUCUGGGGGUUUUGGUGGAGUCACAGCGCGCCCCCGUCUGCUCGACCGUUAGGUUUAAGGUGGUAGUCUGCGCUGUUUUCUAUCAGUCUUCUCCUAGUCUUUGGUCUGCGAUAAUAUCAAACGCGUUUGAUAUUAUCGCAAGUCGCAGUGACGUAACACAAUCAACAACCAAUAGAUGAGCUCUGACAAAAGCGGAAACAGGAAACCGUACAUUCAAAGUGGAGGAAAACAUGGAGGAGCGUGAGAGAGAAGUACCGGCGGUGAAACGACGAAAGUGGACCGUCCAGAAGGAGGAGCGGAUGGUGGAGCUGUGGGCAGAUCAGCCCUGCCUGUUCGACAUAAACUCUCGUACAUACCACGACAGAGUUGAAAAGGAGAAGCAAUGGACCGAGAUAGCAGAAGCCUUGCAAAUGCCCGUUGCUGAGGUGAAAACAAGGAGCCUGUCUCUGAGGACACAGUUUAGCCGUCUCCUACGACCUCGACCAAGUGGAAGUGGGGAAAAGACUCUCACUUCCAAACAGAAGUGGAUCUUGAGAGGUUUGGACUUUCUCAAACCGUUCGUCACCCCUCGUAACACUGAGACCAGUCUUGUUAUUGAAGACGAUGAGACAGACACACAGGGGACAAUGGCUGAUGAUGAGGUAUCCUCUCUCGUUGAAAAUUCUACUCUGGACAAGGACAUCACAGAGUCUGUGUUCAGGCCUUGUACACCAGGCUCAUCAAGGUCCUCAAGCCCACCACCAUCAGAGCCCAGAGUCCACCAGUCUUUAAACAAAAAAGCAAGACGUGUCAGUGACAAUGAAAUUGAGCUUGAGAAGCUUGAAUUGCUGAAAGAGAUGUCCAAAGCUAAUAACAAAUAA